GCAUUCUCCAUCUUCAUUUUCCACCAGUCCACGCCUAAGGUUUGAAGAAGGAAACUAAACAGCCAGAGUGAACCCUCGGCUUUUUAUUCCCCUCCGAAAACAUUUCAGUUGUAAAAUAAAAAGAAGAAAGGAAAGGCGAAUAUAAAAAUUGUAGUGGGGAUAAAAAGGCGCCUGGAGAGUAGACGCCGGUUGGGGCUGCACUUGCCCCUUGGCCCAUUGUUCAAUCUGCAACCAAAGUGUCCGAACAUAUUGGAAUAUUCAGAAAAUAUCAAUCCAAUCAUUCAUUAUAUUAUUAAAUAUAAGAGUCGUGUGACGUGCACUUGUGACGCGGAAUUGUUGUUACUAUUGGCGAAUUAUAACGAAAUUCUAGAAAGUGAAUUGAAUUAUUGGUUACGAGUUUCAUUAUUUUAUUUGUGUUGUACUGUGGUUAGUUCACGUCACGUGAUAAACAUGGUGGCCAGUUCGAAAAUGAUGAACGUCAGGGUGACCACGAUGGAUGCCGAGCUGGAGUUUGCUAUCCAGCAGGCAACCACUGGUAAACAACUGUUCGAUCAAGUUGUUAAAACCAUUGGUCUACGUGAAGUUUGGUUCUUUGGACUCCAGUACACCGAUAUCAAAGGCGAUCUCACCUGGAUAAAGCUCUACAAAAAGGUAAUGAGCCAGGAGGUGAAGAAAGAGAAUCCCCUGCAGUUCAAAUUUCGUGCCAAAUUUUAUCCCGAGGACGUUGCUGAGGAGCUCAUACAAGACAUUACUCUACGACUUUUUUAUCUCCAGGUGAAAAAUGCCAUUCUCACUGAUGACAUAUAUUGUCCACCUGAGACAUCAGUAUUGUUGGCCUCGUACGCAGUUCAGGCGAGACAUGGUGAUUUUCAAAAGGGAAUCCAUACACCGGGAUUCCUCGCCAAUGAUCGCCUUCUUCCUCAGCGUGUUAUGGAUCAACACAAGAUGAGCAAAGAAGAGUGGGAGAGUUCCAUCACGACAUGGUGGCAAGAGCAUCGUGGGAUGCUGCGAGAGGAUGGCAUGAUGGAAUAUCUGAAGAUCGCUCAGGAUUUGGAGAUGUAUGGUGUCAAUUACUUUGAGAUAAGAAAUAAAAAAGGAACCGAGCUGUGGUUGGGUGUUGACGCACUUGGACUCAAUAUCUAUGAGAAAGAUGACAAAUUGACGCCGAAGAUUGGUUUUCCAUGGUCGGAAAUACGCAAUAUUUCUUUCAAUGAUAAAAAAUUUAUAAUAAAACCAAUUGACAAGAAGGCACCGGAUUUUGUAUUCUUUGCACCAAGGGUCAAGAUCAACAAAAGAAUCUUGGCACUUUGUAUGGGCAAUCACGAGCUGUACAUGCGUAGACGCAAGCCAGAUACCAUUGAUGUUCAGCAAAUGAAGGCUCAGGCACGUGAUGAGAAGAUAGCUAAGCAGCAGCAGCGUGAGAAGCUCCAGUUGGAAAUAGCAGCGCGUGAACGUGCUGAGAAGAAACAGCAGGAAUAUGAGGAGCGACUCAGAAGUAUGGCUGAAGAGAUGGAUAGGCGGCAGGCAGAACUCAAUGAAGCUCAAGAAAUGAUUAGACGUUUGGAAGAACAACUGAGACAAUUGCAGCAGGCUAAAGAGGAGCUUGAGGAUCGUCAGAAGGAAUUGACUGCUAUGAUGGAGAAACUUGAGCGUUCUCACGAGAUGGAGGCGGCUGAGCGCGCCAAGUUGGAACAAGAAAUUCAUGCUAAACAGGAGGAAGUUAUGCGCAUUCAGUCGGAAGUCGAAGCUAAAGAUGCUGAGGCGCGUCGAUUACAGGAGGAAGUCGAAGCUGCUAGACUACGACAAGAGGAAGCUGAUAGAGCUUUUCAAGCAACUACCACUCCACAUCAUCAUCAUGUUGAGGAGAACGAGGAUGGUGAAGACGAGGGAGAGGAUGAGGCCCCUCAUGGUGACGUCACUAAAGAUCUAGUCACGGAUGAAUCUAUCAUUGAUCCUGUCGAAGAACGACGCACACUGGCAGAGAGAAACGAACGUCUCCAUGAUCAGCUCAAGGCAUUAAAACAAGAUCUUGCCCAGUCUCGAGAUGAAACUAAAGAGACGGUUAUGGAUAAAAUUCACAGGGAAAAUGUUCGUCAGGGUCGUGACAAAUACAAGACUUUGCGUGAAAUUCGCAAAGGUAAUACUAAGCGCCGAGUUGAUCAGUUUGAAAACAUGUAAAUUAUCGUUAUGGGGCAUUAUUUUCAACACUCAAUAAAAAAGGAGCAGAUCGAUGAGGGAGAGGCACAUAGAAUAUUAUUUGUAAAUUUCUAUAUUCAUUUCACAGCUUGAUAGAGAGCCAUUAACAAAAUAUUAGCAUUAUAUCAAGUUCAAUGGAAUGCAAUACAGAUAAUUACCUUUCACAGUGAAAAAUAGGAAUGGAGGAAUUAAUUGUAUUAAAGUGGCCCCAUGGUAAGUCCCUCAUCUCUGUAAUCCUCAUAAUUCUAAAUAUGUAAAUGCAUUAUCGAAUGAAAAUGAAAAGAUACAAAUUUUACCAUCUAUCUGCAUAUCGAUCACUCAAUGGAUCAUUUCCGCCUUAUAAUUUUUUUUCCACAUAAUUAAAAACAAAAAAAAAUUAUAUUUUUCUGCCAUUUUUUAAGCGUCAAAGUCAGUCCUUCCUGCGAUAUUUUGGAGAAUAUUUUUCACGUUUUUAAGAAAGAAGGAAAUAAAACGCAAAAAAAAAAGAAAACAAAGAUUUUUCUUGAAAGAUACUCUAUUUAAAAUUUUUCCGGAUCGAAUGGGACUGAUGUGAACUUUCAGUGUAAAAGAAAAUCCCAACUCUUAUGAUAUAAAUCAUUGCGCGUUUUCCCUCAGAUAUUAUAGCCUCGGUGGCUUAUCCUCGCACUGUUAAUACCUUUGAACAAUCACAAUUAAUUAGUGAUUUUAUAUUAAAAAACACUGUUGUGGCCUUCCUAGUAGGUAUAAUGUAACACGCUAAUGGUAAAGUGAAGCUAUUUACCGGCAAACUGAUGGCCGUGUAUUUUUUUACCACCAAAAUUGAUUAUAAAACCAUGUCAACAAUUAAAAACCACUAACCAAAUAAUGAACAAAAAAAGAAACGAAUUGUUUAAACGAGAGCAUUUCCCUCAAACUAUAUCGCUCUCUUCUUCCACCCACCUGGACCACCUCCCCCUCCUUUCUCCUCUCUUCCCUCUACCCCCGCCUCAUCAAUUUCUUUUCCUCUCUCUUUCAUUGUUUUUGGGGAUAAGGGAUAACGAAUGAAUCAGAGAAAUGUGAAAUUAAAUAUGAGAAUGGGUGCGAUGUAUUGACGGAUUGAAGGAGAAUGGAAUAACAAAAAAAAAUUGGGGAAAAAGGUGAUAGUGAAUGUCGUAUACUUGAAGAAGUUAUAUAUGCAUAAAAAUAUAUACAUUUUUUGUGUGCUUUUGUCAGGGCACUAUACCAAUCGAGGCAAUGGAAAUAAUCCAACCUGUUGAUGCUGCCAAUGUUUUUUAAACAUAACUUUAGAUAUUUUGAGAAAUAUUGUAUAACAAGGAUUUGAUGAUUUUUUUUCUGGGAGAGUAUUUGAAAUGGUGUCACCUGUCAGUGACUUUUUACAAAUUUUUAAAAUAUUCGUUUAUUGAGGGAAAACGAGAUCCUGAUAUCAAUAAAAAAACAUGAUUUAA